AGUCAGUUUUUACCACGCGGGGCGAGCAGCGCCUCAGUGUCCCCGCGGCCCCGGAGGUGACCAUGGCGAAAUUCAGAUUCCCUGGCAAAGCUUUAAAACUCAACACCAGAAAGAGAGUCAGGUUUCGAGGGAGUCAUGCAACACACACGCCCGAAGAGCUGUACACGCGAAGGAUACGCAAGGGUCUGGAUCUAUUUACGCAGAUAUUCGGGGACUCGGACGAGUUGACUGAGAUUGGCGUGAGUUAUGGUUGCAGGAGUAACGAGGAUGAAGAUGAGUUUGAGGGUUUUAUCUCGGGCCAGCCAGAGGCACGGGUGGCUGGGAGGACGGGGACCGUGCCACCUAGAUCAAGGACGGGGAAGAGGGCGGUGGCACAGAAGGCGGAGGAGGUGUGCCUAGCCUUGGAGGAGGCGGGGCUGGCCACCACCAGAAGGACCAGUGUUGUGGAGGGGGCGGUGAGUGAGGUGCGGGAGGAGGGCAGGAGCAGGACAGAGGGUGUCAGUGCUCAGGAGCGUGUUGCUGCCCCCCAGCAGACCCCAGUGCCGGGACAGGACCCCUUGCUAGAGCCUGGGGAGGAGUGUGUGCAGGGAGCCAGGCCGUGGCAGGUGGCCGCCUCUAACCGUGUGACGCGGAGACAGACAAAUCAUAGAAUUAGUAGACCGCCGACGGUUAAAACGGCCCUGGCCAAGAAACUGUUAGCCAAGGCCAAAAAGAAAGUUCCGUCGUUGCCCGUGGUUGGUGAGAAAAGUCCGAAAAGGUUCAUCCUGCCCACCAUGAGUGUGCGGUCUUCGCGCAUCAUCAAGCCCAACAAGAGGUUGUUCGCCGACAUUACAGAAAUAUGCUCCCCCGGGGGACUUCCGGAGGCCGGCCCGGGGGCAGAGGCCGGGGAAGGUAGCGUUAGUGUUUCGUCCAAGAGACUUGUUAAGUUGACUCGUAAGGGUCGUGGUUCUCACACACAGUUCCUGUCUCUACCUCGCUCGCGGGCACAGGAUAAAAGCACCGCCUCAGGGAUGGAGGGUGUCCGCCGCACCAUUUCCAUCUAUACCGAGGCCAUGACGGGGCCAUGCAAGGGCCAGGUGGGCCGACCCCCCAAGCGGCGGAUGGAGGCCCCACAGCAGGAGGUGGAGGCAGAGGCCCCAGACUCACCCCAGCGCUGUGACCCCAAGGAGUCCAGGGUGAAGGAGAAGAUUGAGAAGCUGCUCCGCUCACCCUGGGACAACAGGCUGAAACAGACUGCCAAGGGUGGUAAGAUUGAGGGGGAGGAGCUGAUGCCUGCGCCAUCUUGCACCACCCAUGUGCUGGCGGCCUCCACACUUCCCCGCAACAUCCUCAGAAGACCGCGACUCAACCUCAACAAGACCACACUUCAAAGGUUACGGAACCCAGCCUCCCUACAGAGAUUUAUUCCUGCCUGUGAAGGAGGGAGUGUGGAAGGAAAAUGUGCUGUCUGUGAUAUUGCUGGGGAAAAUUUUUAUAAGUUUGGCAUCUUGUUCUGUGAGAUGUGCAGUUCAUUCUUGGACAAAGCCAGUGCUGGGCUGAAAGAGGUAAUGGAGUGUCUGGAUGGCAAAGGAGAAUGUCAGGUACAGGGCCUUGAAGUGGAGGACAGGUGCCCCGCCUGCUGGCUUUAUCGGGUCCUCACCUCUUGCUCCAUCAGCAAUAUACUCCACGACCACCUGAGGAAACGCCUGCCACCACACCUCAAGGAACGGGUGCCCACAAGCUUGGCCCGCUGCAUGAGUGUGGGUACCGCUGCCGUUUCCACGGACAAAAGUGAUGAGCUGGCCAGCCACAUGAAGCGGCUGCCCCUUGACCCAGGAGGAGGAGGUGCCUUUGGUUCAGUCAUAGACUUGCCGGGCGGCUGGCGGCGUAAGACUGGACCUGAAGUCAUCGUCAUCAGUCCCAGUGGGGAGAAAUUCCGCAGUGUUCAGAAGCUGGAGGAGUUCCUGAAGAAGCAAGGCAUCAGGGCCGACGCACGAGUGCUCUUUGGCAACAGCAGCCCAGCGGUGGGCCAGGCCAGUGAGAGUGAGGCAAAGAGCAAGCCUUCUGUCCCAGGCAAUGGGGGGUCACGGGGUAAAGUGGUGAUGACCAUGCUGCCGGGUGGGUGGACGCGCAGAAUCAAAUGGAGGUCAGCAGGAGACAGGUUUGAUACUUACGUGUACAGUCCAGACGGCCGCACCUUCAGGUCAAGGAGGGAACUCAGCGCAUACUUCAGUCUCAUUGGAAAGGUUGAUGACAUUCACAAGUACUUCCCAGUGGUGACUGGUAACUCUGAUGCUUCCAUCCCCAGUUCCAGCGAUACCCCAGGCUCCUCCAGUACUGAGCCAGUUUCCAGCUCAGAGCCAUGUUCUGAGGUCAGCUCUGAUGACAAGUCUCCCGAGUUGGCCGCCUGCCAGGCCAGUCAAAGAAAGCACAAGUUUCGGAAACCUCACCUUGGCAAGGGAAAGAAGUCUAAAAUAUCUCAGGUCAAGCCUCAGAAGUUACAGGAGAAAGCCAGGAGCAAACUUCCAACCCAAGUGUCUGUUGCGGAGAAGAGUGUGGAGGAAAGGGACCACCAGGACCAGGACCAGGACCAGGGGGCCCAGGCCAGCACCUCACAGUUCAAACAGAAGCAGAAGGUGUCCUCCAGGGUCAGGACACUGUCUGCUGGGAGAAAAGAAGACACCAGCUUGACUGAUACCACAGAAAGUGAAUCAGAACAGAGAAAACCUGAAACCAUUCAGAUGUUUUCCAAGACUUACACUAGAGGCAGAUCUAGGAAAUCAAAACAGGUUGUUAGUCCUCCUCUGUUUGGUAACAACAGUUCCUCAGUUUGUUCACCUCAGUUUGGCAAGGAUAAAGCUUCAAGCAUUGCUCAGGAAACUCAGAAAGACACAAGCGAUGGUAAUGAUACGAGCACCGCUGUGGACGCUGGGGACGUGAACCUCUCAGGUAAAAAACAGAAGAUGCAAGAUGAAGGAACAACCUCCCCUGAACAAUUUACUGUCCUGCCAGAGUCUGGUGACAAAGAAUCCAGCAAUGUGCAGGAGGGAGAAGCUAAAAACACUAGUGGUAAGGCCUCGCAGGACAAGAGAACCAAGAAGGCAGCUGACCAGGGCUCAACCUCCCCUGAGCCGAGUGCAUUGCCUGUGAGCGAUAGCAAACCAACCACUAAAAUAGUAUUAAAGAUACCCAAGAAAGCUAUUAAGAUUAAACCUGUCAGAAAAAAAAUGAACAGAGGCAAACGAAUCAAGAAGGAAAACAACUCGGCUGUGAAAGAAGAGAAGCAGACUUCAAAAUUGCCCUUCCUUGAAGACAAGAGCUGGGAGACAAAGCCACUGACAGACACCAAGAAGCUAUCAGAUGUGACUCAGGGAAAGUUGCCCAGUCAGGAAGGUGGAGAGGAACCAGCUGGCUCUGAGUCGGAUGGACUGGUUAACUAUGACACGACUGAUAAGUCUAGAGUGGUGACCUCGCCCAGCAUGUCUGAAGGGGAGGGAGGAGCCCGGCCCUUCGUAGUGCCUGGUGUGAAGAAAAUCAAGCCUCAGAAGUCAAAAAAAUGUGAAACUCAACACUUUGGCCAAGGGUGGAGCAGACGGAUCAGGUGGAAUGACAGAGGGGAGGGCAGGGUGAGCCUCUUGUACAGUCCUGAUGGCCAAAGCUUCAGGUCCAGGAUAGAGCUGAGUGCUUACUUCAAGAAGGCUGGCAAACCUCGCGUUGACCUGGAUUAUUACUUCCCUCUGGCUCUGCACAGACCUGUCUCUGCGGCAGACAAGGACGCCUCGUCCCUGGUCACUUCCACCUCCACCCAGUCGUCGGAGAGCAGCGAGUUUUCAGACAGCGAUGCAUUCAUCAAGACCUCAGAGGACUCCUGGGCCUCCAGCGAGGAGACCAGGAGGUCGCGGUUGUCACAGCCCUCGAAGCACUACUACAGGAUAUCAGGUGUCAAGAACAGCAUGGAGAACAUGGUGGAGGAGAUGCCCCUCUCAUCCUACCAGAACUCAGGCAAACCCUCCAGCUGUCUCCAGACCUUUCAAGAGGAUGGCAGGAAGUUGAUGCCUCUCCCCAGCAAGGGAGGGAAGAACAUUGUGGUCUCCAUACACGAGGUGAAGCGUGCUGGUGCUGUGAAGUCUGAGACGGAAGAUGGAGAGGAGUUGCUGGAUGAAGCUGGCGGGCCUCGCGUCAAGCAUGUCUGCCGCAGCCAGGCACAGGUCCUGCGCAUCACCCGGGCAGUCUUCCCAUCACCCAAGAAAGAGGAGGACUCGGUUGGCAGCAGUGUGGUCACCACUAAGCCAAAGGGGGAACAAAAGCGCAAGAUUGUGACUGUGACAACAACCUCCAGUGGCAAGGUACCGGUGCUGCGUAAGACACAGUGGUGUGGCAAGUGUCCUGGCUGCACCACACCCAACUGCCUCAAGUGCUCCAACUGCCUUGACAUGAAGAAGUAUGGCGGGCCUGGGACCAAGAAGAAGCCUUGCAUCAUGAGAAAGUGCCAGAACCCAAGACUGUCUAUCAAAUCAGCUGGUACUCAGGAAGUUGGAGGCAAGACAACAAUCAUCACCACAUCUGCUGCUGCCACCGCCUCGAUCACCACCACCGUCACUACACCCCUCACUUCAAACUCCCAAAAGGACCUGCGGAAAGUGUCCCUCUUGAACCUUAAAGUGCAUGAGGAGAAACGGGAGGCACCUGAUCCUGAGAGUGACAGCACAGCAAAGUCCCUGGAGCCGGAGAAAGGAGGAGUGUUUAUCCCGCGGCAGAUGACUCGCAUUCAGCCGGACCAGAAGGACCGUGGGGACAUAGCAGCAGGGAAGCAGUUUGUGCCUAGUGCCCUGGUGAACAUCGACUACUGGCAAGGCUACGAUGCUGAUGAGAUGAUGCUCACUGGUUAUCCUGUCACCACUGCCUCUCCACUCCAUCCUCAAAUACUCUGCUUCCGUUGUGGCUCCCUGGGGAAGGAGCAGCUGCUGUACUGUGCCUGGUGCUGUGAGGGCAUCCAUCCCUACUGCCUGGAAGACGGGGAGGGCCCUGAGUCAGAGGCGGAGGAGGUGUUCUGGAUCUGCCGGCGGUGUGCUGUGUGUCAUGUGUGUGGUGCUCCUGGGGCAGACUCCCUCUUGAGGUGCUCCGAUUGCCGCAACUACUACCACCUGGAGUGUCUGGGUCCCUCUGCACACAGCACCUGCCAGCCCACCCAAGACCGCCCCUGGAAAUGUGUGACCUGCACACGAUGCAGCAGCUGUGGUAGUCCCAAUGUUGCUCGCUGGCAGAAGAUAACACAGAAAAGCAAGACUUUAGAAGUGACUCUGUCUGAGGAAUCCCUCACCACUUACCUGGCUCUGUGCCUGCGCUGUGCUACUCUCAGGGAACAAGGCAACUACUGUCCCCUUUGCAAUGGCUGCUAUGAGGACUCUCACUCUCGCAGCAAGAUGAUGGAGUGUGGGCGGUGCAGGGAGUGGGUACACGCCCACUGUGAGGGCCUCAACAAUGAGCGCUAUCAGAUCCUCAGUUUCUUGCCUGACACAGUGGAAUAUGUCUGCCGCAGCUGCAUGGUGGACAGCACCUCCAGCUGGUUGGAUGCUGUCAGCAGUGAACUGCUGGCUGGGUGUGAGGCCGUCUUGCAAGCUCUCCUCAAUAGCAAGUGUGCCAGACAUCUGCAAAAGAGAGACACUUCUAAACUGUCUUCCUCGGGACUCCUCACCCCAUCCCCCUUUCCUGACACCCCAAUCCUGGAGAAGGGUGAGGAGGGGCCCUUGGAGAGGAUGGAGGACGAACAGAGCCCUGUUGAAGCAACAGCAGGAGGAAGUAAAGUCUCAGCAGAAUCUCCAGGACCAACCUUGUCCUUAGGGUAUGAACAGGCAACUCUUCCCUUUCCUGAGUGCAGCGCUGCCUCAGAGGGUGUUGUGACACUGCCAACACCUGUAGAGAGUGUGUGUGAGUCAGCUAAGGCCAGCCAUAUAAGAGACCUUAGCAUGGAAGUGGAGUCCAGCCAAGUGCCAAGCAAGCCUAUCAAAGAGUCUACAUCAGGAGACGGCACACUUUUAGGGACUUCUUUGAGCUCUGCAGAGGGUAUAUCUCAGGGUGAAGCAGUUCAUCUAAAGCCUGCUGCUGAGCAGGCCUUAGCUCCAUUGUACAGUCAGACAAAACCCAUGGCAGCUAGCAGUAAUAUUGAAAGAAGUGGUUGUGCUGAUGUCUCAGACAAAACUGAUCUCAAAGAAAAGACUGUCAAAGAGAAAACUGAAGAAGAGGUGCAGUUGUUGCCUCGUCGACAGACUCGCUCGUGUACCGCUGGCUCGGCACCUGCUGCUGGAGUCUCCACUGACCCCAUCAAGCUGAAGGAAUGCUCUGUGAGGCUGGAAGACAUCUGCAAGUCUAAGUCCCCUGCCUCAUCUCCUGUCAAGAGUAAACCAAUUGAUCAAGCUGCAACACCUAAAACUGAAACUCCUGUGAAUGUAGAAAUGAGUGAGCUGCCUCAGGAGCCUUUGGUUGAAAAGCCGGCAUUCCCAGAAGCUGGAGAAAAAGACACUAAAGGCAUUUCUAAGGAAAUAGAAAGUAUAAGUCACAUAGAGGAAAAGGAACCUGGAGUCUUAACACGAGAGGCCCUACAGAGCCUCCUUCCCCUCAGUGACACUGGAGUGUCCUGCACACAGGUGGACGGCCCAAACGACGAGACCACAGCCACUUCUCGGGUGAUGAGGAACCUGUUUAUGGGAGACAGGAACCAGAUGAUGCUGGAGACCACAGGGCUGCUGGACGCCAAGACGGAUGCUGCCGAGGGGAGGAGCCUGGCCCAGGUGGAGGCACAGAUCAUUAGUCCCAAAGAUAAGAUAACAAAAGACAUAGAUGAUGACUGUGUGAGCAGUGAAGAGAGUUCUUCUUGUGACACAGACACAGAAAUAGAGAGCAUCCAGGAUGACCCUGAGGAGCCGAGGGAUCUGUACUCGGUGAAGGACAAACUGAAGGAGAAGAAGUACGAGUCGGUGCUGCAGUUCCAUGUGGACAUGGUGAGGAUCAUAGAGAACGGACGGCACCUCAACCGCAGCCAGAUCCGCAAUGUUCAGGCCACCUACGCAAAGCACAUGAAGGAGUGCUUCCCGUGGUUUGAUGUCAAGUCGGCCAAUGUGUUCGACCUGGUGGACAAGCAGCGGCCAUUCCCGGUGCCCCACCAGGACCACAGCUACAUUGCCCGCACCCUGAUGUCUGGCUCACGCCAUUUCACUCUGCGAGACGCUCCCAUCUUCAGGAAGCGCUCCACCAGCCCCUCCAAGUGGCUACACCACGGCCCUCCUGACCGCCGAAAAUGUGUGUUGUGCAGCCGAGAGGGCGACGAUGACCCCAACUCGUCAGGCCGCUUGCUGUACUUGGGCCAGGACGAGUGGCUGCACGUUAACUGUGGCCUGUGGUCCUCUGAGGUAUAUGAGGAGGUGGACGGGGGGCUGCAGAACGUGUACCUGGCGGUGAAUCGUGGCCGCCUCAUCAAGUGCUCAGCUUGCCUGGAGCGCGGCGCCACGGUGGGCUGCUGCCACAAGUCGUGCCAGGCCACCUAUCACUUCAUGUGUGCCCGUCGUGCCUGCUGCCAGUUCAUGGAGGACAAGAGGAUAUUCUGCCCACAGCAUGAGAGCAUCUCCAAUGGGGCAGAGAAGUCUGACGAUUUCAAGGUGAGUCGCUGCGUUUAUGUUGACAUGGACUGUGAAAAGAAAAAGUGGAAGCAGGUGGCUGGCAACCGGGUCAGCAUCACCCUGGGCGCCCUCACCAUCAAGAACCUCGGCAGAAUCGUGCAGGAGUCAGACAGCUCCGAGGCACUGAUCCCAGUGGACUUUGUGUGCAGCCGCCUAUACUGGAGCACUGUGGAUCCCACCCGCCAGGUGACCUACACCUGCCGCACCCGCCGGGUGAUCCCCACACUGGAGGACGCCUCACUGCUGGGCGACGCUGCCUUCCACAAGACCAUCGACCACUCUCUGGGGGAGGACACGGUGCACUGGGAGAUGGCUGCCGUCAAGAAGUGGUUUAAGCAGCUGGAGGAGCGCAAGGUAGAGAAGAAGUCCCGGGAGACCAACAUCAUCCCGCCCCACCUGUGUCCCCUGUACCGCAGCAUCAGGGAGAAGGAGGAGGAGGAGCGGGGCGCCCGGCAGGAGGUGCGAUGCAGGACACCGCCCGCCUUGGUGGAGAUGGAUGUGCGCCAGUGCAUUGACGACAUCAUCGACAAGGUGAGUCGCUCAGUGGAGGAGGAGAGCUUACUCCUGGAGACAGACUUGCCUGCCAUCACAACCUACGAUGACAGUGAACUGAUAUCAAUGGUGCUUAAUGACCUGGAUGGGUGUGACCCCAUCCCCCUAGAAUCAACCUCAGGCAGACCAAGCCCACUAGAUAUUGACUUCCUGAGCCACUGCGAUCAUAUGAUGGACUCAGGGAAAGUGACUCACUCAGGAACCAUGACUCAGGAGGCUCAGGAACCAGACUGUGACCCACAAGUGAUAAUGGAUACAGACGCUCCCCUUGCUGUGGCCCAUCAGGCCUUCGAGGAGGAGCCCACUGAGGCUGAUGUGAAGGAGCCCAUCCUUCAGACGCUACCUCCCCCCCCAGCCCAAGACCUCACCUCCCUGCCCUCCACAUCAGCCCCUCUGCCCCCCACCAGCCACAUCACAAUGGGCCAGGACCAAGUCAACAACACUGGUAGCAACACCAACACUACAGCAGACACCUGCAACUCAUGCAAUAAGGAGAAUAAGAAUGACACAGGCAGCAGUGGCAGCAGCAGUAGCAGUAGCAGCAGCAGUAGUAACAGUGGCAACAACAGUAGUAACAGCAGCACCAGUAGCAGCAGUAGCAGUAGUAGUAGCAGCAGCAGCAGCAGUAGCAGCAGCAGCAGCAGCAGCAGCAGCAGUAGUAGCAGCAGCAGCAGCAGCAGCAGUGGAAGCAGCAGCAGUAGUGAGGCUUCCUGUGUCAUCAACCCUGCGCUGCCUGGCAGCAGUCCAGAGCGGUGUUCAGAUGGCAUGGCAAGCACCACCAGCAGCCCAGAAAGUUUGUCCCGGGGUGGCUCAGACCACAACACCAGCACUGACACCGGCCACGGCAGCACUGACAGCAACAGUGGCAGCGAGAUGUCCUCCCAGGGAUUCAGCACCAAGAGCCCAGGCCCUUCAGUUUCAGGGAAGCCCUCCUCCUCCCUCAAGCAAAUCUGCCGGGUGCUGCCCAUGCCCUCCACCAAUAGCCGGCGGUCGUCCUCCACCAGUGACCACAGUGACUCUGUCCCACACGGUGCACCACCCCCACCGGCCACCCAGCAGUCCCCACGGCACUCUGAUGAGAAUGAAGGAACCAACAUUGGCGGGAAGGGCAGUGAGCGCAAGAAGAUCUGCAUGAAGAGGAACUACCGCACAGUGAUCAAGAAGUACCCGCUGCGCAGUGGCAUGCGAAAGAGCAAGCCAUAUGAGACCGUCCAGAUAGAGAUCAACGAGACUAUCGAGAUCCCAGGGGGUGAAGGGCCCGGCAUGGUGCACAAGAGUCUCAAGAGGAAGUGGAGUGGCAUCCUGGACUCUGAGGAGGAGGACGAGGAGGAUGGCUGCCAGAAGGAUGCUGGGGGUAGGUCUCAAGGCCAGGACGAGAACACCAGCCCUGGGAGUGACGGCGAAAACUCUAAGGAGAACGCUGUCUCCAAGAAGGUCCUCAAGUUCUCAGACGACAACAAUGACAUCACAGUGAGCAUCGUCAACAACAACAACAACCUAUGUGAGUUCUCCAAGUCCCGCAGCCACCGCUACCGCCACAAGACCGUGUUGCAGUUGGAUGGGGCAGCAGACGGCUCUUCCUCCAGUGCUGAGAUGAGCGAGAGUCAGGACGAAGGGACAGGUGAGGAGAGGACAGCUCGCUCCCACAGCCAGGAUGAUCCUCAGACACCACCGCUGCACUCCUCCCUGGCCAUGCGCAUCAAGGAGCAGAGUCUGGCACGUAGUUCACCUGGAGAGGAGGGCCCAUACAAAUGUUCCAAGUGCAAGAGGCUUUACAGGACCAAGGAGAGCUGUGAGAAGCACAUUGAGACCUGCACAUUUGAAGUAGACAGCUCCAGUACGUCAGAUGAAGAUGAGGAAUAUGAGGACAAUCUCCACUCAGAUGAGGAAGACAACAAAGAUGAGGAUGACAACCAGGGUCUCACAGAACCAUUAUCCCCCAAGGUGGAGGCUUCAACCUCCCAGUACCCCCCAACCCCCAGUGUGUCCAGUGUAGGAGAGUACCUCUCCUCUCCCCCUGAACUUUCUUCUGGUCAGCAUUCCAUGGAGGGGCAAGAAAUUUCCCUAAUUGGUAAUCUGGUCUCCAAUAUAGAGCAAGGCCUCUCCAGCACCCCUCUGCAACAGAUGGAUAUCUCCAAGCCUACUGAGUUCCUAGGGACAUCUAGCACAGACAGUGAGGAACCAGCAGUAAAGAAGCAGAGGCUGGACCCCGCCCUGCCACGCCAGCCCGGCGUGCACCGGCAGGUCAGGACAGCCAUCAAAAAGUCACCUGGCAGUGGAGAGGAUGUGGAACUGUUGGGUGUGGUGCGGAGUGCCCCACCUCCUGGUACAGAUGUUUUCGUGCCUCCACCUGUGUCCCCCGUCAAGUUCAGCCCCAUCGUCAAGAAGAGUGCCAGUCCUCGCCGCUACACCAACAUCCGACUGAUGCGGGGCAACCGAGGCUACCAAUACCGCCGGGCACCACCUCACAUGCCCACCCAGGACCAAUACCACGGGGCUGCCUCCAGCCUACCUCUACCACCUACUGCUGCAGCUCCAAUCCAAGUGACUAUGCACCCCAUGGCUAAUACUUCAGGCCAGAUCCUGACCCAGGCCACCCCUCCCUUCCAGCAGUUUGGCAACCAGUCCACUUACACACCUGCCGCCCAGCUAGCCUCCACCGUCACCCACCUCAGCCCUGCCUUACAGGUGGGACCUCAGGUCACCCAAGUGGCCCCACAAGUGUCUCCACAGGUCAGCCCACUUCUUACCAUGGUGUCCACGCCAUCAGUGGCUGUGCCACAAGGCUACACACUGCAGUAUGUGGGCAGCUUCAGGGACGGGGAGAUGGCUUCGGGGGGUAGCAGCCUGGUGACAUACCCGGCUGCUCCAGUGGUGGUGCCUCAGCCACAGCUGGUAAUGACACCUCAGCAGAGCUCUGUGGUAAUGCCACAGAUGGUCAACACCAAUAUCACAUAUUCCUUCACCUCGCCAGACACGCUUCUCAUCAAUCAGCCAGCUGUGGUGCCAGGCAUGCAGCCAGUGCAAUACUUGACACAGCAGCAGCACCAGCAGCAGUCAAGUCAGCCUCAGCAACACCAGCAACAACCCCACCAACAGCAGCAGCAACAACAGCAGCAGCAGACACAGCUGCUGCACCAUCCAGAACACCAGCAAGUUACACCUGUCAUGCAGUACAGCCAGACAACCAUGUCCCCACAGCACACACAGAUGUCUGUGUCUCACAUGCAUAACACACAGCAAGUGCAUGCUCCUUGCAUCCAAUUGUCUGACUUGCAGGCCAACCCUGUAUGUCUCCCCAACCAGCACCAGCAUCAACAACAACAGCAGCAACAGCAUCAACAUCAGCACCAGCACCAGCACCAGCACCAGCACCAGCAACAACAACAACAGCAGCAGCAACAGCAGCAGCAGCAGCAGCAUUCCCAGCCAGCCAUUGUGUCCCGAGAGUUGUCCUUCACUAGUAGCAAGCAGAUUCCUGCUCACCAGAGUGUGCUGAGUGCCCCAGGCACUGUUGACCUGCCACUCAGUCUGUCUGCAGCAUCCACCAUCGGCACUUACUCCGUCCCCACCCCCCGGCCCCGGCCCCAGGCCUCCGUAGCACCCCAGGUCAUUAGGCCACAGCCCGUGCAGACCACAGCCUCUCAGGAUAACAAUCUCAUGGACACCCAGACCCACUCCCGCCUGCCAUUUGCAGACCGGCCGCUGGUGGGAGGCGUGAGGACCGUGGCCACUGUAGCCCCGGCCAUCAUCACCACCUCUGUGGUGUCAGUCUCCACCUGCAGCAUGGCCACCAAACUGACUUCUGUGGAAACCACUCCCAAGAUAGCCACAGUGAGGCCCAGGCCCACCUACAGCUACCGGGAUGCCAUGAGGGAGAAGCAGCUGGAGAGGCAGAAGCAGAGGCAGGAAAUCAUUCAAAUAAACCAGGUACAGGCACCUGCAGGACACCAGGAGUUUCUCAAAGAGCAAGAGGGAUCCCAGACAGUUGCAUCUGACUCUGAGAGCGAUUCCGAAAAUGAGACCACAUGUCCGGAGACAGAGAAGGAUGAGCGUCUGGAGACACAAUCUUACAAGCUGGUGCUGAGGAAAGACAGUACGUUGAGCUCUGGCUUCAACGUGCUGCCUAUAUCAGGUCCUGCCACACCCCUCCCCGCCCCAGAGGUGAAAGAGCUACGGAUAAAGGCUAAGGUGUCUGUAGGUCCUAAGAGGAAGACCAAAAAUCGUGACCGUGAGAAGGACCUCAUCAUUGUGAACAAGGACACCACCAACGACUUGUAUGUCAAUGAGCAGCUGCCUAACUUGUCCCUCCAGCAGCCAGUCCACACACCCUCAGAUGAUCCGGCCCUGUUUGACAAGCCCAAGACGUGCAGCACGGAGCCCUACAUUGUGUUUGAGCUCACCUCCGACGACGGCUUCCGGGUGGAGUCCCGCCACAUCUCAGAGGUGUGGCAGAAAGUGUUUGAUGCCGUGGCAGCUGCCCGGGCAAGCAUGAGAGUGGACUCCAAGAUGCCAACCAACAUGCAGCAGCCUGGCCCAGGUGGAGCCAUGUCUGGACUCCACAUGCUGGGUCUCACCCACAAUGCAGUCCAGUAUCUCCUGGAGCAGCUCCCUGGGGCCAAGGACUGCCACAAGUACUCCUUCCAGUUCCACCGGCGGCCACAGGAGGAAGGCGCUGUGGAGGAGAACCCGAGUGGGUGUGCCCGCACAGAGGCCUUCAAGACUCGCUCCCCAUAUGACAUCUUCAGCUGGCUGGCCUCCAAACACCGCAGGAUGCCAGAACGCUCCCUUGUCCAGCAGGAGGAGAUCCAGCUCUCCACUAGACGUGCCACCAGCCUGGAGCUCCCCAUGGCUAUGAGGUACCGCCACCUGCGAGAGACGGCUAGGGAAGCAGUGGGAGUGUUCCGCUCCAACAUCCACGGCCGAGGGUUGUUCUGCAAGCGUGACAUUGAUGCCGGGGAGAUGGUCAUUGAGUAUGCCGGCCAGGUGAUCCGCUCCAGCAUGUGUGACAUGAGAGAGAAGGAUUACGAAUCCAAGGGCAUCGGCUGCUACAUGUUCCGCAUUGACGACGAUAUGGUGAUUGACGCCACCAUGCAUGGCAAUGCAGCCAGGUUCAUCAACCAUUCCUGUGAUCCAAACUGUUACUCCCGCGUGGUGGACAUCCUCGGCAAGAAGCAUAUCAUUAUCUUUGCCCUGAGGAGGAUCCUGCGGGGAGAGGAGCUCACCUAUGACUAUAAGUUCCCCAUUGAGGAGGACAAGAUUCCCUGCACGUGUGGAACUCGGAGAUGCCGCAAGUACCUCAACUGAAGCCCUCCAGGAACACCAAGGCAUUUCCUUCCUCCACACUGCAUGAAGAAAACCCAGCCAAGAGCACCAACGGAUUCACCAAGUUCCCCCACUCUCACUGGCAUGCCUCAGGUGGCCAGGUAACAACUUAUAACUGUAUGGGCUGAAGUAGGUCAUUUGGAACACUAAUUAGAGCCCCUCCCCUCCCCUCUCCUCCCCUUCCCCCCUUCCUAAUUGUUAUAGUUGCCAGACAGAUCAGGCAGCUUCCUCUGAUCUCACUAGGAUCAUCUAUCCACAUGAAGUGAGAGGCAGGCAGGUAACAUGAGCCAGCCUCUCCCCCUCACUCCCUCUGGUGGGAUGAGUUGUAGUCCCCUUCACCCGUGGUCCUCCCCAAAAGACCCACAACUGAAGUAACUUUAUAGUAUACUCUGUGUGCUGAUGUGAUUUGUUCCUCAUGUAAAACUGCUUAGGCUAAGUUUGUCUACUGAAGCCCUCCCGGAGGUGCCCCCCAGAGUCCUCGAAGUUCCUCAGUGCAUCCCAGGUGAAGGUUCCUCAGACUCUUCAGUGUGCCGUGGUCGGCUGGAGUCGGCACCAACCAAAACACACGCAUUAAGGUUUCCAGUUGCACUUGUUACAAUGAUCAUACAACUUUUUGAUGUAAUCUACUGUUGCCGUUGUUUUAUCGUUUGAGUUACUUGACUUUCAGCAAAGCGCUGCGUCUCCAAGCGAGCGCUGCGCCGGGUAGGAGCGUGAGCGGUUUCUGUUGUGUUUUAAUGAUUUUUUUUUUAUUCUUGGAAAAUAGCUGACAUACCUCAUAUGAUCCCUAUGUAUAGUGAAGUAGAAAUCUCAGUGUACUGGGAGUGUGUGUUUUGUGUCUGAUACAAACUGACGAUGAUGAUGUCUGUUGGUUCAGAUAGAGUUCUCAGUUCCUUCUUGAGUGAGGCUGUUACCAGUGAUGAGAGAAAGGUGAGAGGAUAAAGUGAGAAAGACAUAUGAAAGUAUGAGAUGAAAAAUGAAAGAUGAGAGAGAGAGAGUGUGAGUGUGAGUGUGAGAGAGUGAGAGUGAGAGUGCUCCUCCUCGGCCACACUGUAAGCUGCACCUGUGCCUGGGUGAGGAGGAGGAAGCCUUUGCUGAGGGAGGAAUUGAAAGGUGUGGUAUAGUACAGGUAACUAAAGGAAAACCAGAGACCUCGGAGUGCAUUUGGCAUAAUCAUGCACCAAUUCCUAUAAUUUAAGUAGAUGUUUAAUUAGAUCACAUUUUGCAUUAUACUUUUGUGAUUCUUAGCAACCAUGUGAUGAAGUACAGUGAUUCUGAGCCAUGGUAGGUUUUAACAUAGUGAAGUAAUUGGCCAGGGCACAUUUCAAGAGUCCCUUUGGCACUAAACAAACUUUUAAGGACAAGAAAAGUCACAACAAAUAUUGAUGCAUUUCAUACAUAAUAGAUUUUAACUUGAUGCAAAAACACAAGAAAAAAUUGGAUUACAGUACAGUAUGGCUUUUUAAAAUACAUACACAGUUGUCAGCUGGCACACCACCACUGAGCUUGUCACAUACUCUGUAAUAUAAAGCAGCAGCAGUACAUUCACUAGAUUCAUCACACAAAUACGAAAAUCUUCUACUGGCUCCUUGGGCUUCACUUUGCAUCACAAAACCAAUCAGCACAAGGCGAGCGGCAAGGCUUGUGAUGGGUGCAAGUACAGAAGUAGUCUGCUGCACACCACAACACAACUACUUAAUGGAUCCAGUGGUGUGUGAAAGUGUGAAAGAGUGAGUGCAUGAGAGAGAGAGAGAGAGAGAGAGAGAUAUCAGGGCACCGAAACACAGUGCCAUCAAAGUUGUAGCUCGUCCAAGCAUGGCAAUGAGUGCCAAGGUAGAUCGAUCUACUGAAUGUACCGGUUGUUCUCUGUAUUGUUGACAGUUGUUUGCUCUAGUGUGAUCCUUGUCAGGACUCUUAAUUACCUUGCAGUUUGAGGAUUCCUAAUGUAGGAUACAGGAUUGUGUAUAUAGCUACAGUAUAUGUGCACAAUCAAGGAUUAUCAAAAGUAUUAUGGUUACUACUGUAGGAACACCUUUAGUUCCAUACAGGGAAUUUGUAUUCAUGGUCUCUUAGGGCAAUGGAGUCCCAGGGAAGAACUCUGAAUCCGGUGGAAAGAAUUCUUAUGAGCAAGUUUUUAUCCAUUGUAAACUGCCAGCAUCUUGAGGGGAAACUGAACCUUGAGGAAAAGAAGAGCAUUGUUGAUGUACACAAAAAUGAUCAAAUGGUGCUAAUAGGUGGUUGACUUCAUUUCAUUCUCUGUUGAGGUAUUUAAAAGAAAUUCCAUUAGAACAGAAGAAUUAUUGGGGGACGGAACCCAUAGUGAGAGGUUAAGUGGGGCAUAACUAAUGGCAGUGGUGCAGCAGCCGGCCACACAAACUGGUCAGUAUUUGUGUGCAAGUCAGAACCUCCCGGGGCUGGCGGGGCUGCGGUGCGUGUGGUCUGACCUGCCAGGAUUUUAUUGUGAUGUUUUUAACUUUUUUUGUCUUUUUUUCAUCUGGAGGUGAGAGCGAGCGGGCCGGCUCUGUGCCGCGCAUGGUGUUGAUGUGCCCCUUGUGUCUGCUGGACACUAAACAGCUUCAAGUGAGCAAUAAAAUUAAUAAAAGUACCAUCUGUGUGCCUAAAUUUUGUGAUAGAUGAAAGGUCUUUUUGAAAGAUCACAUUUUUUUCAGGGCUCAAGUAAAAUAGUUAAUGGGGAUGUUAUAGAGUUAAAAGAUUUCUAAAUAUUUUGCUGUCAGUUUAUUAGUUUGAUAGACCACAGCAGUGCUGUGGUAUUCAUUUUGAUAGAAAUUUCAUACCACUCAUUUCACACAACCAAUGAUAAACCAUAGAACCCACCACAACCAAUUACUGUAACCUUGACCACCAAGAUGCAACAUGGCAGUCUCGCACCAAAACAGGAUUCAUCUCUGUAAAUGUUAUAUGUACAUAUGUAUUUUGGCUUCACCUUUUCCAAAUGUGAAUGGAAUGCUUUUGAAAGUGUUUUUAAUGUAAAGAGAAUAGAGUUUUUAUUUCAUAGAGGAGUUUUAUAUGACGUGUGCUAAAUUUUUUGGAACCACCAACAGUAAUUUGUGCCAUCAAAAGUGAGUACAAAGUUAGCAUUUAGCUGUUCUUGUGACGGGUACGAAUAAAACGAUAUUCCUGAUUUGUACUCAAGAGUACUAAAACUCAAGUUGCAGUACCUAACUUGAGAUUGUCCUAGUUCAAAUGAGGUUUUAUAUCGUAGAGCCAGUCUUGUGGAUGAUUUAUGAGUAUUAUGUGAGCUCUGGCUAGGGCAGACUCAAGACAAGGCCUGGAAUUUGGAUAUAAGGCACUAGUCACCCACAUGGAGUUUAGUGGCUGCUUUCCGUGGCCAUGUGACGGGUGGCAGCAGCGGAGGGUGUGAAGUGCAGCUGUUUCCUGGUGAGGUGAAAUGCUUACAAAAAAGUACAUCAUUAUUGGCUGUUCAAUUUUGCUCAAGGUGUUGUGAAUGAAAUCUUGAUCCAUUGAGUGAUGACAAUGACACUUCUGACUUUGGUAAACCCAGACAAUCUUAUAAAGCAAAAUAUAAACACUGCAAGCUGGAAGGUGUCAACUACUGAGUUACUCUUUGCUGCCAGUGCUGUCUUUCAGAAUAAUACUUUAUGCUUGUACAAAACACUUCUAUUAAAGGAGGAAACCAGACUAGUUAAAAGGGUUAAUGCUACUUAUACAUUUUUUUUUAAGUUUUUAAUUAACCCUUUUUAAUUGUUUUUGACUAAGAUUCUAAUUUAAAUGUUUAAAACUGUACUUCACUUGGUUUUAUCAACACUUAAUUAAUAAGCUGGGCAUACUUCAGCAUCUAUUCUCAAGACUCUAAGUUUGCAUAGUUCUGUUUGGCAGACCAAUAAUAACUGCUGUUUUUGGCACCACUGUUUUAAUGAAGCUUGUCAGGUGGAAGUUCAGUCUUUACUCAAGUUCUUACAGUGCUUCAUUCACACACCAUUUAAAUAUAGAGUUCUGUUUCCCUCUUUUCUUUGUGUUAGUGGCCGUCUUCUGGUUGGGUCACCUCACUCGGAACAACUCUCGUCUCACUGCCACAGAAAGCAGGCCAGUUUGUUUGACUCUUGUCCGAUCCAUUGUUUGGUUUUCAGAGCAAUCAAGGCACAACACCAAUGGCUCUUCCAUGCUCUUGUCCUCCUUAAAAGGAAUACAAUCAUAUGUCAAUACGUAAAUUAAAAUCAGCAUAACUAAAUUACUUGCUUAACAAUUUCCGAAUUUAGAUCGUGUUUGUCAUUUUCUUGUUUGUAUUUGGUCUUAAUCUUCCAGUGUGACAUGGAAUUGUCAUUGGUGCAAAAUUCAAUGACCGACAAAUUAAAACCUGAGUGUUGUUGUCAGUGUUAAUUACCCCAACAGUUCAAUGAAGCACAUGUGGUUGUUACAGCAAAUGAUGGGCAUCAUUCCAGUGUUCUGUAAGUGUUGCUUUCACUUAGGCAAUAAGUUAUACCCUUUUCAUUCCUUACCAAAGAGUUUUUUUUCUUCUUUUUAUCAUGUUCAUAAAUUACCAGGCACUUAGAUUUUACAUAUGUAGUUUUAUUAUCUGAGUUGUUACCCCCUGUACACUUUAUUUCCCCGCUAAUACUAAUGCACGUUUGUACCACAUUUGCACCACAGCUGUUCCACAAGUGUAGCCUAUACCACAUCUGUACAAUAUUUGUAACACAUGCUAUCACAGCUCCUAGUUGGAACCCCUCACAGUCUCAGUUGGUGGGGGGUGUGACGGCGGUGGGCAGCCUCUGCUCCUAGGGCCGACCACUCCCUCCAUGCCCCCCACGCAGUUAGCUUCGGGCAGAGCAAGUGUUACUGGGUCACUAAAUAAAAUUUUCUUACUGCA